AUGUCGACACCGACACCAAAAGAUGGCCAACCACCCGCAAAACCUCGUCUGAAGCUUAACGUUAGCCGGUCUUCCUCUUUCGUCGCUGAUGCGAAUGCGACACCUUCAGUCUUGGUCCCGGCUGGUCCAGCUGCUCCGAAUCCAACUCCGACGGAAGGUCGCAAGGUGAAGCUCAAGAUCGGAAAAUCGCAACCCUCAACACCUGCGGAACAACCUCCAGUGAAGACGAAAGCUGGCCGACAACCUAAGCCCACACAGAAACUCGUCGAGAGCAAAAAGCGCGCACACGAAGAACUAGAUGAUGAGCUGGGCUCGGCGCAUCCAACAACAAAAAUAAAACUCAAACCAACGAAGUCAGGGCUCACUCCAACGGUCGUGGUGAAGCCAAAGGGACGCGCACCAGUACAUCCGCCAGGAGAUGGCUAUGACUCAGAGGCGAGCGAUCGAGAGAAGGAUCCAUCGAUAGAGGAACAAUUUGUCCUGAGGAUGCUACCAGGAGAGCACUGUGACUAUGUGCGCUCGUGUAUGGAGAAUGGCAAGAUGGGCAUUCCUCGGAGCCAGGGAGGAGCAGACAUACAACUCAAAUUCUUUGAAGAGGAUUCUCGAAGGGCGGUCGUGUCAGUUAAAGGUCAGCCGUUUGCCGCUGUUAUGGUGGACCUGCCUACAGUUACAGAAGCGAUGAAGACAUGGGAUCGCAAAUCAUUCCUCAAGUCUGCAGACAUCUGCCAAAUGCUUCUGGUUUACCAGAAAGUUUCCACCGAAGCUGAAGCAAGACAAACACCUCUACCAAGUAUGAUCGACCAACACUUUAAAUGGCCACACGGCCUAACACCGCCCAUGCACGAUUGCGUGAACCGGCGAUUUGCCAAGACCAUUAGUCGAAAGGAGAUUGAGGAUAAAGAAGCAGAAGUCGAACGUCUGCUCGCCGAGGAUGCUAAAGCCGGUUCUACGCGUUGGGAAUGGGUCGACGAGAGCAAAGACGAGGACGAGGACGCCGAGGGCGAUAUGGAUGAUGAUGAUGAUGAUGGUCGUAUGGACUACUUCCAGAGCCAAGAUGUAUUCGGAGAUGACGACCUUGCAGCCGAUCUUGAGGCCGCUUUCGGGGAAAUGGGCGAUGAAACUCCCGCUACCGGUAUGGAUGCUCCAACGCCAAUGACAACCACACAGGCCAAUACACCCGCGCCGCUCCAAGAUAGCAUUGAGUCGGAUGAGUCUGAGGAAGUUUCGGAUGAUGAUGAUGAUGAUGACGAUGAGGAUCUGGACGAGGAUGCUCGAGCCCAGCGCGACGAAGAAAAGGGCGUCAAGUCUUUCAUCAACGACCUGAAGAACCAGCUUGCCAGCAAGCAAGAAGAACUGGCCCGUACUACAAACAAGAUCCUCCGGACUCGUAUUGAGCAGACCAUCAAGCAGCUCAGGGCAGAGAUUGAGCUCAAGAACUCAUCUAUCGGUAUCGAGACAGAUGACUGA